UCGACAUUUUUUAAUGUUUUAACAAAAUCUUCUGUACCCGCAGAGAACUUUCCAUUCUGCACCAUUGAUCCUCAUGAAAAUCGUGUUCCUGUUCCGGAUGCUCGCUUUGAAUUUUUAACAGAAUUCUAUCAACCACUAAGUAAAGUACCGGCAUUUUUGAAUGUUGUUGACAUAGCUGGUCUAGUUAAAGGAGCUUCAGAAGGACAAGGUUUGGGAAAUGCAUUUUUAUCGCAUAUAAAAGCCUGUGAUGGAAUAUUUCAUAUGAUUCGUUUGUUCGAUGAAGUCGAUAUUGCACAUGUAGAAGGAAGUGUUGAUCCAAUUAGAGAUAUUGAAAUUAUAAUGGAUGAAUUAAGACUCAAAGAUAUCGAGAUGGCAAAUAAGAUUCAUGAUGACUUGGAAAAAAAAGCUAUACGUGGGGGUGAUAAAACUUUGAAACCAGAAUUGAUUGAUACUCUCAAUAAACAUCUAUUUAAUACAUCGAAACCAAUGGUUUAUCUAUUAAACAUGUCCGAAGAAGAUUAUAUCAAGAAAAAAAAUAAAUGGCUAUCAAAAGUGAAACAAUGGAUUGACGAAAAUGAUCCUGGAGCGACAGUUAUACCGUUAAGUGCAAAUUAUGAAUAUAGAUUAGUUGAUUUGUCACCUGAAGAAAAAGAGAAACUAGUUAAAGAAACUGGUGCAACUAGUGGAUUAGAGAAGAUAAUAGUUGCCGGCUAUCGUGCAUUGCAAUUAUGUUAUUUUUUCACGUGUGGUAAAGAUGAGGUGAAAGCAUGGACUAUACAGGUGGGCACACCCGCACCUAAAGCGGCAGGUAGAAUUCAUGGUGAUUUUGAAAAAGGUUUUAUAAUGGCUGAAGUAAUGAAGUAUGAAGAUUUUAAAGAACAUGGAAAUGAAAAUGCUGUAAAAGCUGUAGGUAAAUAUCGUCAACAAGGUAAACAAUACAUUGUGGAAGAUGGAGAUAUCAUUUAUUUUAAAGUGAAUGCUGCAGCUGGUUUAACUGCUUCUAAAAAGUGA